CCUCAGUUUAUCUUUCUUUAUAUUAUUCAAAAUGGUUAAGGCUGUUGCUGUUCUCCGCGGUGAUUCCAAAGUCACUGGUGUCGUUACCUUCACCCAAGAAUCCGAAGGUGCUCCUACCCUCGUCGAAGCUGAAGUUAAUGGUUUGACCGAAGGCCCCCACGGCUUCCACGUCCACGAAUUCGGUGAUAACACCAACGGCUGCACCUCCGCUGGUCCUCACUUCAACCCUUUCAGCAAGACCCACGGUGCUCCCGAGGAUGAGAACCGCCACGUUGGUGAUCUCGGUAACAUCAACGCCAACGCUGACGGCAAGGCUACUUUGAAGGUCACUGACAAUCAAAUCUCCUUGAUUGGUCCCUACUCCGUUAUUGGCCGCACCGUUGUCGUCCACGCUGCAGUGGAUGAUCUUGGCAAGGGUGGUCACGAAUUGUCUCUCACCACUGGUAACGCUGGUGACCGCUGGGCUUGCGGUGUCAUUGGUAUUGCCAAAUAAAUUUGGUCUUCCUAGUAUCGUGCAAAACAGUUUCACCAAGAAAAGGAACGUUCCUUUUGUCUUAAAAAAAAAGAAAAAAUCGUUUGUACUUGUUAUGUAGUGGUUGAUUGUAGAGAGCAAAAUUGUAGGAGUUAGUGUAAUGUAUAGUUCUGUCAAAAUAUACUGAAAUGUUUAAAGUAAACCAAUGGAUG